UUGAUUCGAGAAAAAGGAUCGACAUUGAACAGUCGCGGCAAACAGUAUAUAAUUAAUAAUAAACACACAAAAAUGCGCUUCUUUCCUAUUUAUUUAUUUACUUUAUGUUGUUCAAAUCAAAUGUUGGAUACUCCUCUCUCUCCUUCGCUUGUUCUCUGGCUGUCUCCUCUAUUGCACUUCACAUAAACUUGUCUGUCUCCGUGUGUGUCUUUCCCUUCUCUUAAUCAGGUUUCGUUUUUGAGCAGGGGAGAUUGGUUUGGUAGAGAGAUGGUUAUUUACGAGCAAGAUUCGGAUGUUAUUCAAUGGGGUCUUCGUCUUCUUGAUGGAGACCCACCCUAUUAUUCUGGGUACUAUGGUGAUGCCAUCAUACAGAGUGAUGAUGGAUAUCAUGGACAUUAUGUGCGGGAUCAUUAUGAUAUUUCGGAUUGCAGCCAUGUAGAGAGCGAUGAGAUGAUUGCGCGCACCUUGCAAGAAGAGUUUUCGCAGCUUGCCGUUACUGAAGCUACUGAAUAUUCACAUGGUGGAGAAGAACAUUUACACACUUCCGUUGAUGAGCAUCCUUGGCAAUGUACACCCACUAGGAACUACUGUUCAGACAAUGAAUGUAGUCAUGAAGAAUCAGAUGAUGCAGUACCCUCUAGUUCAUGCUCAAGUCCUGCUAAUGGAGAAGAGUAUUCCUACUCACCAGAAUCUAAUGAUGAUUAUGAGCUGGAUGAUGAAGUAGGCAAGAGGUUGAAUCAGUUGAUCCCAAUCCGUCAUGUUCCUAGAAUUAAUGGAGAAAUACCGUCAAUUGAUGAAGCAACCUCGGAUCAUGAAAGGCUUCUGAACAGACUGCAGUUAUUUGGCUUUGAUGAACUUAAGGUUCAAGGAGAUGGAAACUGUCAGUUCCGUGCUUUAUCCGAUCAAAUAUAUAAUACACCUGAUCGCCACAAAACUGUAAGACGACAGGUUGUGUAUCAGCUUAAUUCUCACCCAGAGAUAUAUGAGGGAUAUGUUCCCAUGGAGUAUGGUGAAUAUUUGAGGAAAAUGUCAAGUUUGGAUGAUGAUUCCAGGAGUGGUGAGUGGGGUGAUCAUGUGACAUUGCAAGCAGCCGCGGAUUCGUAUGGUGUGAAAAUACUCGUUAUGACUUCUUUCAAGGACACAUGUUACAUAGAGAUUCUUCCUGUCAGCCAAAAGCCAAAAGGAGUCAUUUUCUUGAGCUUUUGGGCUGAGGUACAUUACAACUCCAUCUAUUUUCAAGGAGAUACAUCUAGUGAAUUCAGAAAGAAGAAGAGGUGGUGGAGUUUCGGGAAUAAGCACUAGAUAAAUUGCUGGUAAUCUUGAGGACGCUCCAUAGUCUCUUAGACAUGCACAUGCAGCCUCCUCGGUGUGGAACCUGUAUUUUCUUUUUCUAUAAUUCUUAAGCGAAACUUGUUUGGAUCGUUAUUCUACAAGUGUAUUUUAUUUUUCUUGAAAAACUUUUAUUCCUCUAAAUUUUGCAUGCUCUAAAAUUGCAUGCCAAAUCUCUUAAAUAACAGGGAAAAUCAAAGAAGUACACCGUUUAUUCUUUUGAUGCAUGGAGACAGCAAGAGGGAUAUUUCGGUGGAGCUUUAGAUAAGUUGUUUGGUUGGGGCAGUUCACGUGUAUCGAUAGUGUGAUUCUACUUUUCCUGAGAAGACUUCAUGGUUCGUGACAGUCAAAAUUCUAAAGUUGGUGUAAGAAAUGCUCUGAUACAGUGAAAUAAGACAUUAUUAUUGAUUUGAUUA